AUGACUACCAACGCCGCCACCACCAAUGGCACCAAUGGCACCAAUGGCACCAAUGGCAAUCAUGCUACACCCGCCAACGGCACCGAUGCCAAUCAUUCUGCACCCGCCAACGGCAACAACGGCGUCCACAAUCAUGAAGAGACCAAAUCCAAAUUUGAUCCCAAUUUUACCCAGCACGUCAUUGAGCUCAUGAGUCCCGACACCAAGCCGCGACACCGCGAGAUUCUGACGUCGCUCAUCCGCCACAUGCACGACUUUUGUCGCGAGGUUGAGCUCAAGCAGGAUGAGUGGAUUCUUGGCGUCAACUACAUCAACUCGCUGGGCCAGGCCUACCAGAAGAACCGCAACGAGACGUGGCGUGUGUGCGACAUUCUCGGCAUCGAAUCCCUCGUCGACGAAAUCAACCACAAGGUCGAGGCCGCCGACGGCAAAGUGCCCACCUCAUCCUCCAUCCUCGGCCCCUUUUGGUCUCCCGAAACGCCCUUUCGCGCGCUCGGCGCCAGCGUCGUCCAGGACAUGCCCUCUGACGGUCAGCUCACCUACUUUCACGGCGUCGUCCGCGACGUCGAGACUGGCCGCGGCAUCCCCAACGCCGUCUUUGACAUGUGGCAGGCCAGCACCAACGGCAAGUACGACGCCCACGACCCAGAGAACCAGUCCCGCCACAACCUCCGCGGCAAGUUUCGCACCAACGAGCACGGCGCCUUUUGGUUCUACUGCCUCAAGCCGACAGAGUACGCCAUUGACACGUCGGGACCCUCGGCGGAGCUGCUCAGCAUCAUGGGCCGUCACCCGUAUCGGCCCGCGCACAUUCACAUCAUGGUCACGCACGACGAGUAUAUCGGCGUGACGGCGCAGCUGUACCCCGAAGAUGACCCGUACCUGGAGACGGACACGGCCUGCGCGGUCAAGGAGGAUCUGCUGCUGCACUUUGAGCCAGUGCUGCCGGGGGGCGGCGCGGAGCGUGGCGACGCCGUGCUGGAUGUCGAGUAUAAUGUGAAUUUGCUGUCGAAAAAGUACAAGCCCGACUCGGGUAUGCUGAUGCAGAAUGCGAACCAGGACAAGUUUUGA